AUGGGCUCCGAAAAGAUCCUCCCUCAAGAGGGCAAGCGAAAUAUCCUCAUAACAUCUGCGCUGCCCUAUGUCAACAAUGUACCUCAUCUGGGCAACAUUGUCGGUAGCGUGCUCAGUGCCGAUGCCUUCGCCAGGUACAACAAAGCCCGCGGUCGACCAACUCUUUUCAUCUGCGGCACUGACGAGUACGGGACCGCCACCGAGACGAAGGCGCUUGAGGAGGGAGUCACUCCAGAAGAGCUGUGCGCAAAAUACAAUAAAAUCCAUGCAGAAAUCUACGAGUGGUUCGAGCUGGGUUUCGACCACUUUGGCCGCACUCCUACCAGACAACACACAGAGAUCUCUCAAGAUAUCUUUUUAAAGCUCCAUGCGAAUGGACACCUGACCGAACACAUCAACAGUCAACCAUACUGCGAAAAGCACGGGAAAUUCUUGGCCGAUCGAUUUGUUGAAGGCACGUGCCCAAAGUGCGGUUACGACGAUGCUCGCGGCGAUCAGUGUGACAAAUGUGGCAGCCUUUUAGAUCCAUUGGACUUGAUCAACCCCCGCUGUAAGGUGGAUGGGGCAACUCCGGUGACGAGGGAGACAAAACACUCUUACCUGCGGCUCGACGAGCUACAGCCCCGGAUCGAAGAGUUUGAUAAGCGAUCAAUUGAGAAGGGCCAGUGGUCGCGGAGUGCGAAGGUCAUCACCGAGUCAUGGCUAAAACAAGGUCUGAAAGAGAGGGGUAUCACUCGAGAUCUGGCAUGGGGCGUGCCUGUGCCUCUCCCUGGCUACGAGCAUAAGGUCUUUUACGUUUGGUUCGAGGCUUGUAUUGGAUACCCAUCAAUCACUGCUAACUACACAGACGAAUGGGAAAAGUGGUGGAAGAAUCCGGAACAUGUUCAAUUAUAUCAGUUUAUGGGGAAAGACAACGUUCCUUUCCAUUCGGUAGUGUUUCCAGGAUGUCAGAUGGGCACAGGAGAGUCCUGGACAAUGCUGCACCACCUUUCAUCCACGGAAUACCUCAACUACGAGAACGGCAAGUUCAGCAAGAGCCGCGGUAUCGGUGUUUUUGGGAAUAAUGCAAAGGAGACCGGCGUACCUCCCGAUGUCUGGCGAUAUUAUCUCCUCAAGAACCGACCAGAAUCUGGCGACACGCAGUUUGAGUGGCGGUCGUUCAUCGAUGGCAACAACUCGGAGCUGCUUGCUAAACUUGGGAAUUUUGUCAACCGAGUCAUCAAACUGGUCAAUUCUCCCAAAGCCUAUUCUGGGAUCAUACCGGAUUUUGAUCCCAACAACCUUCCUUCGUCGUUUAAGGAACAUUUGGCUGAGGUUACCGAUCUUCUCAACCAAUAUCUUGCAGAAAUGGAGGCAGUGCACCUCCGUAACGGGCUUCUCGUUGCGAUGAAGAUUGCAGAAGCCGGGAAUGGCUUAAUCCAGGCCCACCGUCUGGACAAUUCGCUCAUUGCGAGCGAUCCCACCCUUGCUGCUGCCGUCGUGGGAACUGUGAUCAAUCUCAUCUACCUCUGCUCUGCCAUCUUCGAACCAUAUCUUCCAGCAACUUGUGCGUCGAUACGGAAGCAACUUGACCGCCCAUUCUUGCAGAUCCCGUCCGAGGAAGACAUUGCCAAUGGUUGGCUACCCAUAUAUAUCAAGCCGGGCCAUAAGAUUGGCAAGGCAGAGUACCUCUUCACAAGAAUUGACGAGAAGAAGGCCGAUGAAUGGCGUGAGUACUUUGGCGGCAACCAGGCCGACAGGGAGAAGAAACAAAAAGAAGAGGCAGAGGCUGCUGCGAAGAAAGCAGCCCAGAAAGAAAAGACCAAGGCUAAGAAAGCGGCUCAAAAGGCUGCGGCUGCGGCAGGAGCUGGAGGUGUUGAGAAGAGCGCGAAAGGGGGCGAGGAAGGAAAGGAGCUCGCCAAUGGAGUUGCUGACGUUGGAGAGGACGCGGCGGUAGCGAAGGUCGUUGAUGGCGUUGCGCAGGUAACGAUACCGACGUCCUGA